CGUGUCUGCGGUUCUACGGCUUGGUGAUGGCGGACGCCUGGGAGGAGAUCAGGCGGCUGGCGGCUGACUUCCAGCGGGCGCAGUUCGCUGAGGCCACUCAGAGAUUAUCUGAACGGAACUGCAUUGAGAUUGUGAAUAAAUUGAUUGCUCAGAAACAGCUAGAUGUAGUUCACACACUUGAUGGGAAGGAAUAUAUUACUCCAGCCCAAAUUAGUAAAGAAAUGAGAGAUGAACUACAUGUUCGGGGUGGUCGAGUAAACAUUGUUGAUCUACAGCAGGUUAUUAAUGUGGAUCUAACUCAUAUUGAAAAUAGAAUUGGUGAUAUUAUUAAAUCAGAAAAACAGGUUCAGCUAGUGUUGGGACAACUGAUAGAUGAGAGCUAUUUGGAUCGAUUAGCAGAGGAAGUAAAUGAUAAAUUGCAGGAAAGUGGUCAGGUGACCAUAUCAGAACUAUGUAAAACCUAUGAUCUUCCUGGAAACUUUCUGACACAGGCACUUACUCAGCGACUAGGUAGGAUUAUCAAUGGACACAUCGAUCUUGAUAACAAAGGAGUCAUUUUUACUGAAGCUUUUGUCGCUCGACAUAAAGCACGUAUACGUGGACUCUUCAGUGCUAUUACCCGGCCUACAGCAGUAAAUCCUUUGAUUUCAAAAUACGGAUUUCAGGAGCAGCUCCUUUAUUCUGUGCUUGAGGAACUUGUAAAUAGUGGACGUGUAAGAGGCACUGUGGUUGGUGGGAGACAGGACAAGGCUCUGUUUGUCCCUGACAUCUACUCCAGAACACAAAGUACUUGGGUGGAUUCCUUUUUCAGGCAGAAUGGCUAUCUAGAAUUUGAUGCGCUCUCCAGACUUGGAAUCCUAGAUGCUGUCAGCUACAUAAAGAAAAGAUAUAAGAGUGCACAGCUCCUGUUUUUGAAAGCUGCUUGUGUUGGUCAAGAACUUGUGGAUCAGGUGGAAGCAUCAGUAGAGGAAGCCAUCAGCUCUGGAACAUGGGUUGAUAUUGCACCUCUGCUACCCAGUUCUUUUUCAGUUGAAGAUGCUGCCAUGUUGCUUCAACAAGUGAUGAGAGCAUUCAGCAAACAGGCUUCGACCAUAGUCUUUAGCGACACUAUUGUUGUCAGUGAAAAAUUUAUAAAUGGCAGUUUAGAAUUGUUCAAUGAACUGAUGCACCAAAAAGCUGAAAAGGAAAUGAAAAAUAACCCUGUUCAUUUAAUCACUGAAGAAGAUCUGAAACAAGUCACCAUUUUAGAAAGUAACAAUACAAGUAAAAAUAAAAAAGAUGAACGAAGAAGGAAAGCUACAGAGGGCAGUGGAAGUGUAAGAGGAGGAGGUGGUAGCAAUGCCAGAGAGUACAAAAUUAAAAAAACUAAGAAGAAAGGAAGAAAAGAUGAUAGUGAUGAUGAGUCUCAGUCUUCUCACUCUGGAAGGAAGAAACCAGAAAUCACUUUUAUGUUCCAGGAUGAGGUGGAAGACUUUUUAAGGAAGCGCAUACAAGAGGCCCCUGAGGAGUUUAUUUCUGAACUUGCCGAAUACUUAAUAAAACCUCUUAAUAAAAAUUAUCUCGAGGUGGUACGUUCAGUAUUCUUGUCUUCAACUUCUGCUACUGGAACAGGCAGAAAACGCACAAUCAAGGACUUGCAAGAAGAAGUUUCAAACCUAUACCAUAAUAUUAGGCUAUUUGAAAAAGGGUUGAAAUUUUUUGCAGAUGAUACACAGGCUGCUCUUAGUAAGCAUUUGCUGAAGACCAUUUGUACAGAUAUCACGAACCUCAUUUUCAACUUCCUGGCUUCAGAUUUAAUGAUGUCAGUGGAUGAUCCUGCAACUAUUACGAAUGAAGUAAGGAAAAAGAUUUUAAGUAAAUUAUCAGAAGAACCCAAAGUAGCGCUCACAAAACUCAAUAACUCUCUGAAUGACAAGAGCAUAGAAGACUUUCUUGCUUGCCUGGAUUCUGCAGCAGAAGCUUGUGAUAUUAUGGUGAAAAGGGGAGACAAAAAAAGAGAAAGACAGAUCCUGUUCCAACACCGGCAAGCACUGGCAGAACAGCUGAAAGUCUCAGAAGAUCCAGCUCUUAUUCUUCACCUCACUUCAGUCUUGUUAUUUCAGUUCUUAACUCACAGCAUGCUCCAUGCACCUGGAAGAUGUGUUCCACAGAUCAUUGCGUUUCUUAACAGUAAAAUUCCAGAGGAUCAGCAUACUCUUUUGGUAAAGUAUCAAGGUUUGGUUGUAAAGCAAUUGGUCAGUCAAAACAAGAAGACUGAGCAGGGAGAUGAUCCCUUGAGUGAUGAACUAGGCAAAGAACAAGAUGAUAUCCCCAACACCACUCGUAAAGAACUUCAGGAACUUUCUUCAUCCAUUAAAGACCUUGUUCUCAAAUCCAGAAAAUCUUCUGUAACAGAGGAGUAAUGAUUUUAAUUUACUUUAUGGUACAUACUAGGCAUUUCCCCCUGAAGUUAAAGGUGAAUGGGUACAAAAAAAUUCAUUUCAUAACUUCCAAUUCAACUUUAACACCUCUUCUCCCACGUACACAAUUCAGUUUAAAAGUAU